AUGGCUGCGGACUCAUCAUCAUCUGUCAAGAAGAGUUCUUCGACGUCCACCGAAAAGUCUUGGGUAAGAAAGCGCGCCAUUCCGAGCUGGUUUCCCAAUGGCAAACCGGACACCCUUCCCGAUGUCUCUCCAGCGAUCUUUCGCAAGAUCCUCUCGCUCAUCUCCCAUGAUGCGAAAUUCGAUGUCAGAGAACUCCCCAAAGCAGACUGCGCCAGAAGCCGGGUCUUCAGCACCAGAUACUUCCAAGAGAUUCUCACGAACCGAUGA